CAGACGCUCCUUUUGUCGGAUUCGUUUCAACCUGACUCCCCGGGGUUUACGGCUAAAAAACAGAUACUUAAAUACAAUAAAAGCAUUUAACACGAACACGUCGCUAGUUAAUAAACACGUCCGUGACGGAUUAUUGAAAAAGCCACUUGGCCAGGGAAGUGUCAAGGUGGAACUUGGUGAAUUCUGUCAUCAUGAAUGGCAGCACCAGGGUGUCUGGCACCCAGACAGGACGACUCAAAAUUGAGUCAGUUGCAGAUACAUGGAGCAAAGAGGACUGUCUGACACUGCUGGAGAGGAUACGCAGUCUGCUACCUGAUGGAGACACUAUGAAGUAUAAAACCACAGAGUCUCAUUUUGACUGGGAGAAGGUGGGGCUUGGGGGUUUCACUGGAGACAUGUGUAAGCAGAAAUGGCAGAAAGUGUCCACCGAGGUGCGUAAAUACAGAACGAUGACAGAGCUCAUUGUUGAUGCUACUGAGUAUGUGAAGAACCCUUACAAGGGGAAAAAAUUAAAGACACAUCCAGACUUCCCAAAGAAACCCCUCACUCCCUAUUUUCGCUUCUUUAUGGAGAAGCGAGCCAAGUAUGCAAAAAUCCAUCCAGAGAUGAGCAACUUGGAUCUCACCAAGAUUUUGUCCAAAAAAUAUAAAGAGCUUCCUGAAAAGAAAAAGUGUUUAAAUGGCUAUUCUAUGUACUGUGCUGAACUAAUGGUAAACAUGAAGGACGUGCCAAGUACGGAGCGAAUGGUGCUGUGCAGUAAGCAAUGGAAGAUGAUGACCCAGAAAGAGAAGGAUAUGUUCCAGAAACGAUGCGAACAGAAAAAGAAACAGUAUGAGAUUGACAUUCAGAGGUUUCUCGAGAGUCUCCCAGAAGAGGAGAGGGAGCGUGUGUUGGGAGAGGAGAAGCUGGGAGGCACCAAGCUGAACCUAGCGGGUGCAGGCAGCCCCCUAAGGGCCAAAUCCCUAUCUGUGAAGGAACGGUGUCGUGACCCUGAGCUGGAUCAGUGUGUACAUGGGCUUUCGAAAGAGAAGCGAGACGGUAAGAAGAAAACACGGCUUCCUGAAACGCCGAAGACUCCAGAGGAAAUGUGGCAGCAGAGUGUGAUAGGAGACUAUCUGGCUAAAUACAGAAAUGACCGGAAGAAAGCGCAGAAUGCAAUGGAUGCCGCUUGGAAGGCCAUGGAAAAGAAGGAGAAGAUUCCUUGGAUCAAGAAGGCUGCAGAGGACCAGAAGCGAUACGAGGUUCAGUACCAGACCGUGAGAGAGCUGUUAGAGAUGAGGACAGUUCUGUCAGGACAGGGACAAAGAAAACCAAAAUUCGAUGGCGAGCCUAAGAAGCCCCCAGUGAGCGGGUAUCAAAUGUUCUCUCAGGAACUGCUAACUAACGGUGAGCUGAAUCACUUCAGCCUGAAGGAGCGCAUGGUGGAGAUCGGCAAGCGAUGGCACAAGCUUAGUCAGAGCCAGAAGGACAAAUAUAAAAAACAGGUGGAGGAGCAACAACUAGAGUACAAAGCUGAGCUUGACGCUUGGGUAAAGUCGCUAUCCCCUCAGGAGCGUGCGGUAUAUAAAGAGUUCUCAUCUACGAAACGGCGAAGCACUACAAAAGCACGAGGUCCCGGGGCGAAAGUCCAAGUCACCAAGGGGAAGGCGGUAGGUGCCAGAGCCGCGACGGUGGGUCCCGGGGGGGGCAAGCGUUCCAUGGCGUACCGGGCCAAGCAGGACACGUCGGACUCAGAUGAAGAUGAUGAGAAAACAGAUACGUCAGACUCGGAGGAUGAAGAUGAUGAGUCAUCUGGCAGCACUGAUAGUGAGGAUGAUGACGAAGAUGACGAGAAUGACGAUGAUGACGACGAUGAUGAUGAUGACCAAUCGGACGGUUCCAGCAGCUCAUCAUCAGAAGAUAGUAUUGAAUCUGAUUCAGACUAACCUGUCCCACCCCCUCUUAGAGUGGGCUGUGCCGGACACACCCCCUAGCAACACCCCUCCCGGAAAACGGGAAGGAGUUCCAGUAGCUGUGAGCUCACAGCAUGCAGUAAUCUGGCUCCCUAUCUUUACAGGGCAAAAAACAGGAUGGGGGUCAACAGCUCUCCCCAUCACCGCGUCCAUGUGUAAUGCGACUUGAAGUCAAUCGGACAACUGUAUUUUCUUUUCUUUUUCUUUUAAAGGAGCUGUGUUACACGUGUGGUAAUCGCAUCAAUUGUAUUGCCUUUAUAUAGGUGUGUUAUUAAAAUCUGUGUUGUUUUGUUUUGUUCUUUUUAUUUUAACUUGAAAAUAAUUUGUUCAUUUAAGCCGGUUGAGCUUUUAUAAGUCACGAAAGUAUCAGGGUUGCUCGGAGGUGGAUGUUAGUGAUGAAAGGCUUUGAAAUGAAGGAGAUUAAUUUUCCUGUUCUCCUGUUUAUAUUUGUUUGCAUCACUUAGUUGCUGGGGCUCUGAGGGCUAUAUGAGCUGCUCAAGUCUUGUUUGGAUCAUUCUGUUGCAGAUCCUCAAUAAUAAAUGCACUUUUUUCCUCUUGUA